AUAACCAAAUCCGAAAAAUAAUCUCACUCUUUUAAGUCCUCAAGAACCCUAGAAGUUCAAAGUUUCACUCGCAAUGGAAUCUCACGCCUCUUCCUCUUCAGCCUCCUCCACCACCACAUACUUGUCCCAAACCAAACAACCAAAAAAGGGUUCAAUUUCAACCUCAAAGCAGCUUCCCAAUCACCAGUCAGCACUCCACUCGGCUCGAAAAUCUUCGUCGAAGCCAUGGAAGAAACCUGCUGUUGCACCACUUCCACCAACCCCACCAAGAAUCUACAAAGUUGACCCCAUUAACUUCAGGGAGCUUGUCCAGAGCCUAACCAGCGAGCCAGAGUUUAUGGAGACUCGGUCUCUCCAGAGCGUAGCUCCUCCACCGAUCGAUAUCCGUGUGUCUUCUGUACCAAACCAUGCCCCUUCUUCUUCACCAAAAAUUAGCUCACCAUUUUCGGUUAUGUACAAGGAAUUGUCGGAUACAUUGGAGCUGAGUCCGAUGCCUCGCCAACAGAAGGUGCAUGAUAGCACGGUGGACUCGAGUUACCUGAGACUGAAUUUGCAGUCCCCGUCUUCCCAUCAUUGGUUUUCUUUCCCUAUGCACAGCCCAGGGACUUUGUCCAGUAUCGAACGACCCGAAGUUCUUUAGGACUACUUCAAUCACAAAUGCUAUAUUUAUGUGAGCCCAAUUUCUUAAAAUUGUGGUUUUUUUUUUUUUUUUUUUUUUAUAACUUAUAAAUCCUAAUUUUGUUUUAAAUUUUAGCAUUCUAGUUUAUUAAGAACACAUCUAUAGGUUGUAUGUAAUAAUGUAAGCAGCAAUGCAUAGAAUCAUGUACACAAGUUUGACUGCAAUGCUAGCUAGCUAGCUAGUUCAGAAGUCUUUUAAUGUGAACGUGUAGUUAUGAAUCAA